AUGGGUCGCGGCACGAUAGCCAUCGAAGAAGCCACCAUCGACCCGGGCUCGAUCUGGACGCUGCCCGAAGCCGUGCAGUUUCUCAAUCCUGGUCAGGAGGUGACGAACGAGACCGUGCAGCGCCAUGCCGUGACGCUGGGCGACCUCGAGGAGCGCCUCCGCCACAUGGACGCGGAGGGUGUCGAAUACAUGCUCCUCUCGCUCACCUCUCCUGGGCCACAAGGACAACCUGACCCGGCGGUGGCGGAGCAGACGGCCAGGGCGGCCAACGACUGGUUGGCCGGGGAGGCGGCGAAGCAUCCAACGCGCUUUGGCGGCCUGGCGGCCUUGUCGAUGCAUAAUGCAACACAAGCUGCGGAAGAGUUGAAGCGCGCGGUGGGGCUGGGCAUGUUCGGCGCUAUGAUUAAUGAUUUCCAGAGCACGGGCAACGACGGGAAAGGGAGGAAGUAUUAUGACGAGGAAGAGUACGACGUUUUCUGGGCGGCGGUGCAAGAACUAGGCGUUCCGGUAUACUUCCACCCGCGGUGGCCGCCGUUGGUCGAGAUCAAGCCUGGAAGUGAGGUAUCGUACGCGCCGCGGACUCACCUACUUGGUGCCGCCGUGCAAUUCCAUUUGGAUUUGAGUUUUCAUCUCUACGCCGUCAUCUCUUCUGGAGUCUUCGAUCGAUAUCCCGACGUUCAGAUUGUGGCGGGCCAUAUGGGGGAGGGCAUUCCAUUCAACCUGUGGCGUGCCAACUCCUGGUACAACAAGCCGAGCAAAAAGGCGACUAGACCAUCAAAGGAGGACUAUGGCUACUAUUUCGCUAGAAAUGUCCACAUCACAACGUCGGGUUUCUUCAGCACGCCGAAUCUGAAGUUCGUGAUCGACCAAUUGGGAGUUGACCGGGUGUUGUACUCGAUUGAUACGCCGUACGACACGGUCAAAGCUGGUCAGGACUGGUGGAAGUCGGUGUCCCUGCCAGGAGAUCAGAAGGAGGUGGUUGGAAGAAGCAACGCUAUCAAGUUGUUCAAACUCCCUCUGGAGCUAUAG